UUUGGGACCAUGCGGAGACGGCAGUCUGACGGUCCUUCCCCUCUUCCCAUCUCUGCAGCCUGUGAACGGAAGUAGGAGGAGAGAGGUGACGGGAGGGGGAGAUGAGAGUGGGCUGCCUGCUAUCUUUUGCAUACACACACACACACCAAUACACACACAUACACACAUUUCCAUCAGCAUCCUUUGGAUGGAACCACGCCACAGCUGUAGUCAGCCAGGAUGCACAAAGCAAAGAGAGGGCCGGCGACCGCAGGUACAUGACGGUACAUGGGGCCUCGUCGCUGGGAGAUGCACCACAAUUUCAUCCGCCAUCCAAAGCCACAGCAGCAGGAAAUGUUCUCAUUCAGGGACAAUGGUGUUGGAUGGCAGAUAUGAGGAAAUCGUGCAUGAAAACGAUUAUUAAAAAGCCCCAUAACCUCAGGAUAUCCAGCUUCUGACCUAAUUUCCCAGCCGCUAUCAUUUGGCCGUACUUCCUGGCAGUGAAGGAUGGGUGAUGGGUCAGUGACGGACCCUGUCUGCCCGCCUCAUCGCACCCUCCAAUGGAGCCAGCGUGGAACUCCAGCCGCCCGCUUGCACCGCUCCCGCCCAACGCAUCUACCUCAACCGUGGCUGAGGGCUGGCCUCCUUCCCAGUGGCUAGCCCUGGCCGCCAUGCUGCUCAUGGAUCUGCUGGCUGUGGUGGGCAACGCGGCCAUCAUGGCAGUCAUCGCCAAGGUGCCGCAGCUUCACAAGUUUGCCUUCGUCUUCCACCUGUGCUUGGUGGACCUGCUGGCGGCCCUGGUGGUGAUGCCCCUAGGCAUGCUCUCCAGCAGAGCCUUCUUAGGGGAGGCGCUGUGCCGGAGUUACCUCUUCCUCAGCGUCUGCCUAGUCAGUGCUGCUAUCCUGUCCAUCUCAGUCAUUAACGUGGAGCGCUAUUAUUACAUCAUCCACCCCAUGCGCUAUGAGGUGAAGAUGACCGUGGGAUUGGUAGCGUCGGUGCUGGUGGGGAUAUGGGUCAAAGCCUUGGCCAUGUCCGCUUUGCCGCUGCUGGCUUGGCUCCUGCAAGGUGCAAGAACUCCCCUCCUGGAUGGUAGUGGAGGAGGCGGGGCGGUCCCGUCUCCUGGUCCUACUCAGGGUCACCGCCGCUGCUCCUUGCACUGGACAGGGGGCGGUUCAAACCGUUUGGCGUUCAUGGUCCUCUUCACGCUGUUGUACUUCCUGUGUCCUCUUUUAGUGAUUUUUGUUGUGUACUGCAACAUGUUCAAAGUAGCCCGCGUAGCCGCCAUGCACCACGGGCCUCUACCCACUUGGACGGACACGCCUCGCCGCCAAAGAUCAGAGUCCCUUAGCAGUCGUUCUACGAUGGUCACCAGCUCCGGGACUGGGACAGGGAGGGAGACCCCGCAGAGGCCCUUUGGGGGUGGGAAGGCAGCAGUGGUUUUGGCAGCUGUAGGCGGGCAAUUUCUUUGCUGCUGGCUGCCCUACUUUUCUUUCCACUUGUACUCGGCUUUGGCCGCCAGUCCGCCUGCGGCGCUGGCUUCUCUGGAGGAGGCGGUCACCUGGAUCGGGUAUUUCUGCUUCACGUCCAACCCCUUUUUCUAUGGCUGUCUCAACAGACAGAUCCGGGAGGAGCUGGGCAAACAUCUGCCUUGCUUGUUUCGUCGAGCCGGGAUGGAGGAGGAGGACAGGCUGGCCAGCCGCGAAGGCUCCAUCGAGGAGAACUUUCUCCAGUUUCUUCAGGGCACUGGCUGCAACGUAGAACCUCAGAACUCGCACAGCACCUCCAGUCCAAAGGGGGAAACUUGCCGGCCAGUCCCUCAGUCCCAAGCGCUUGAGACGGCACAGCCGCUACCGGUUGAUUUCCGCAUACCUGGACAAAUUGCUGAGGAGACGUACGAGUUCAGUGAGACAGAGCCGGCAAAAAACAAUCACAUACGUACUGAUGAUUAAAUCUUAAUUUAUCAUGAAUGCGAUCAGGAGUAAACAUAUUGACAACAAUAUACGCCGAUUAAACGACAACAUGCACAAUUGAAUGAAAUCCAAUGGGACAGGGGUGUCCACAGUGUAGCCUGGGGCCCAUUGUAGAUAUUAAAGUAAAACACUUCCCGCAAACUGAAAACAUCAAGAAUUCCCCUAAAUCGGCACCUCGAAACCAAACUAGCUGAUUUCUUACUCUUUGCUCAAGCUUUCGUAAAGUUUAAGUUGCAGGAAUAUAAUACAACUAAUAGUACAGAAUAGACAAAACACAUUUAAAGGGGUGACCCUACCCUCUUUAAAAUUUCUGUGGAAAAGUUUAACACACCCUUGCAAUAAGGUUGCAUUUUCUCUCAGCUGUGUACAGUAAAUUGACAUUGAUGUUAGUAUUCUUUAUAUUUCCUUUAUAAAACUGAGAGGCUUGUCUCUGAUUAGUAGCGUCAUCUCUGUGAAUUAAAAGCUACUUUGUGUUGACGUGCCGCCUUUUAAGAUGGAUUAAUACUAAGUUGAUUAUUUUGUAAACCAUUCUUUCCUCACUAAUAGAAUUCGGUGGCCGACCGCAAUGUCCAAACACUCCAAACACAUAAAUGAUCAAAAAGCGAAAACACGUAAUUUAACGGGAAAAUGCUGCAAUGACAAAUGCUGCUAGAUCCAAAGGCAGCAAUCGUCAAAAACCACACACACAUCCCCAAUAUAACCAUGCAACAGGAAGUCAGGCAUGCUACCAGAACGUUAAGCAGGCUCCCAGUAGGUUACCAUGCUAACAGGAAGUUAGGCAGGCUUUCAGAAAGUUAACCAGGUUACCAGGAAGCUAGCCAGACUACCAGGAAGUUAAUCAGGCUACUACAAAGUUAGCCAGGCUACCAGGAUGUUAGCCAGGCUACCAGAAAGUUAACCAGGCUACCAGGGAGUGAGCCAGACCAUCAAAAGAAGUUAGCCAGGCUUCUAGGAAGUCAAAAAUGCUACAAGGAAGUUAACAAGGCUAACACAAAGUUAGCUAGACAACAAUGAGCCUGAAUACCAGGAAGUUGGCUAAACUGCUAGGAAGUUAACCAGUCUACCAAGACGUUAGCUGGACUAUUGAGAAUUGAGACAGACUACCGAGAAGUUUGCCGGGCUAUUAAGAAGUUAGCCAAACCACAAGGGCGUUAACAAGUCUACCGGGAGUCUACCAGGACGUUAGCCAGACUAUUGGGAAGUGAGACAGGCUACCAAGGAAUUAACCAGUCUACCAGGAGUGACAGAAAUAUGGUGAAAUGUGUGUUGAAAUACCUAAGAUGAAAUAUUUUACUGAGCAGAGAGCUCAAGUGCUUCACAAAGUGCAUGGUCCUCUUCACGCUGUCGGCGAUCCCAAAGGCCUGGUAGCGUUGUUGAUUAUCGUCUUUCUAACUUCCCGGUUGCCUGGCCAAUUGUUGUCGAGCUAAAAUCCUGUUAGCCCGACUAAUAGUUGUCUAGCUAACUUCCUGGUAGCCUGGCUAAUUGUUGUGUGGCUAACUUCCUGGUAGCCUGGCUAAUUGUUGUGUAGCUAACUUCCUGGUAGCCUGGCUAAUUAUUUUCCAGCUAUCUUUCUAGUAGCCUGGCUAGUUGUUGUCUAGCUAACUUACUUGUAGCCUGGCUAAUUGUUUUCUAGCUAACUUUCUAAUAGCUGGCUAAUUGUUGUGUAGCUAGCUUCCUGGUAGCCUGGGUAAUUAUUUCCCAGCUAUCUUCCUAGUAGCCUGGCUAGUUGUUGCCUAGCUAACUUACUUGUAGCCUGGCUAAUUGUUGUGUAGCUAACUUCCUGGUGGCCUGGCUAAUUAUUAUCCAGCUAUCUUCUCAAUAAACCUGGCUAAUUAUUUUCCAGCUAUCUUCCUAGUAGCCUGACUAGUUGUUGUCUAGCUAACUUACUUGUAGCCUGGCUAAUUGUUGUGUAGGCUAACUUUCUGGAAGCCUGGCUAAUUGUUGUGUAGCUAACUUCCUGGUAGAGUGGCUAAUUGUUGUGUAGCUAACUUCCUGGUAGAUUGGUGAAUUGUUUUCUAGCUAACUUCCUAUUAGCCUGGCUGAUUGUUGUCUAGCUAACUUCCCGGUAGUCUGGUUAAUUGUCUAGCUUACUUCCUGGGAGCCUGGCUAAUUGUUGUCCAGCUAACUUCCUGGUAGCCUGACUAAUUAUUUUCCUGCUAUCUUCCUGGUAGUCUGGCUAGUUGUUGUCUAGCUAACUUCCUGGUAGCCUGGCUAAUUGUUGUGUAGCUAACUUCCUGGUAGAUUGGCUAUUUAAUUUCUAGCUAACUUACUGUUAGCCUGGUUAAUCGUUGUCUAGCUCACUUCCUGUUAGCCUGGUUAAUCGUUGUCUGGCUCACUUCCUGUUAGCCUGGUUAAUUGUUGUCUAGCUCACUUCCUGUUAGUCUGGUUAAUUGUUUUCAAGCUAACUUCCUGUUAGCCUGGUUAAUUGUUGUCUAGCUCACUUCCUGUUAGCCUGGUUAAUUGUUGUCUAGCUAACUUCCUGGUAGCCUGGCUAAUUGUUGUGUAGCUAACUUCCUGGUAGAUUGGCUAUUUAAUGUCUAGCUAACUUACUGUUAGCCUGGUUAAUCGUUGUCUAGCUCACUUCCUGUUAGCCUGGUUAAUUGUUGUCUGGCUCACUUCCUGUUAGCCUGGUUAAUUGUUGUCUAGCUCACUUCCUGUUAGCCUGGUUAAUUGUUUUCUAGCUAACUUCCUGUUAGCCUGGUUAAUUGUUGUCUUGCUCACUUCCUGGUCGGCUGUCUAAUUGUUUUCCGGCUAACUUCCUGUAAGCCUGGCUAAUUGCGGUUCUUUUUAGUUUUUGGAUGGUUUGGACUUUGCUACAAGUUUGUUCCUCUCGGCCACCGUAAUGAUGCCUAAUUCUUCAACUCAGUCAGGCAGACAUACUGUAACUCACUCACUUUGUAUCCAUAUUCAUCAAUCUAAUUUACUUUCUCACUGCUUUUUGUUUCACGAUGUUGAGUCCCCGAGUGUUAAGGACACACAUGUUGAGACUCAAUGCUCUCUCGACAAGGUAUUUCUUUUUUUUAUGUGUUAAAUGGCAAUUUGGCUGAAUUUGGGUGUGUGUUUUGUGUGUAUACUGCAAAACCUUUAUUUUAUUUUCAUCUGUGAGUGUUUUACAUUCGAUUGCAAUGUUUUGUUUGACCUGUCGCUGCCUUCUUUGUGAGAUAAUCACCAUGGAGGAGAAACGUGCUUAGUUUCUUUCCCGCGCUGUCAUACAUCAGGUAUGAUAAAUAUGAGAACUAUACAUGCAGAGAUGAUCAACAAAAGCAGGUGCUUUAUUAACAUGGAUACAGGGUAAUUAAAACAUUUUGUCGUUUAGGAGCGGAGAAUCGUGUGUGAGUAUAUUGCAUUGUGAAUGAUAUGGAGCGUUUACAGUAUUUUUUUUAAUGUAUUGUUAUUUGCACUGUCCUGCAGGAAUCUGAACGUACUGUAUGUUGAAAGUGCGCGGAUGGAAGUUGAGUCGG